CAGAGCAGAAUGAAUGGAUAUACAGAUUUUUACCGAGGAUGGAUUGAUUAUAAAAAUGGGUUUGGAAGUUUGACAUCCGAGUUUUGGUUGGGAAAUAACUUUAUACAUCUUCUUACUUCGACUGGACAUUACAAGCUUUAUAUCCACCUUGAAGAUUUUGAAGGGAAUUCGGCAUAUGCAGAAUAUUUCGAAUUUAGUCUAGGAGAUUAUGCAACAAAUUAUAGGUUGCAUGUCGAAGGAUAUUGUGGGACUGCAGGAGAUAGCCUAAUGUCUACUGUCAACAACGACCGCUAUAAUCAAAACGGCAUGAUGUUUUCUACUAAAGACAAGGAUAAUGACAGAGUUUCUGAAAGCUGCGCACUUACAUAUCAAGGGGCAUGGUGGUACAAUGGUUGUCAUUAUUCUAAUUUGAAUGGGGCAUAUUUAGAUGAACAGCACUCGUCUCUUGCCGGUGGUAUCGUAUGGGGUACAUGGAAAGGAUCUCACUAUUCACUAAAAUCUACUAAAAUGAUGAUUAAACGACACUAAGAACCAUUUUAUGAAAGACUCCCAAUUUUAUUUUACAAAGGUUUACAGUCAAUUUCAGGUUUGGAAAGUUGUUCUAUGACGUAACAUAUACUCAAUUUGAAGAAACGCACAGAGUGUAAAAUAAAGGCUUACUGAAGAGAAAUAAACUUU